AGAGCUUGAAAGAAGAAAAAAAGUGGGCUUAAAGCGAAAGUGAAAAGACAAAAUAAAAGGUCUCUCUCGAGUGAGUAAAAUAGAGAGUAGAAAGCAAAUUAAGCCAUUUGAAUACUUUUGAUUUUAUCUUUAGUGAAAUAGAGAUUAAUGAAGGGAUUCUUCCGCUGCAGCAAAUGGUGGCCGCCGGUGCCAACAACUGGUUUACCACUAACGGCCACCCUUUGCUGCAAAAUCAUACCUCUCAGCCUCACCAAUCACCCGCGCCACCGCCUCCCUCGUGCCCCGCCUCUCAGGAGUUUCCACACUCAUGGAGCCAACUAGUCUUAGGAUUUGCUGGAGAAGAUGAUAAGACUAUGGAGCAACCGAAGACCUACAUCGGAAAUCUUGAAUUCAGGCCUCCCAAAUCAUCCGAGAUUUUGAUGAAGUGCAAGAGUGGAGCUGCCAAGAAAUCGAAGAUGAAUCCAACAACUUUAGCCCAAUCUGCCAUCAAGUGGCGGAUCCAGGAAUUUAUAUUCGGGAGUGCGAGUCAUGUGAUAAAUCAUUAUAUAAUAUACGCCCUCCUAAUUGUAUCUCGCUCAUUUGGAGGAUAUUUCAUUAUAUCGGUUCUUCUAAUAGGAUCAUAAUGAAGUUUUUCGAUAUCAUAAAUCAAUUCUUCCUCAAGUAAUGGCACACUAGCAUCUGAAGGAGAUACAAUACCAAUUGAAUUUGAAGCCGGAGAGCUUGAAGGUGGAGAGCUUGAAAGUGGAGUGCUUGAAGCCGGAGAGCUUGAAGGUAGAGAGCUUGAAGCCGGAGAGCUUGAAGGUGGAGAGCUUGAAAGUGGAGUGCUUGAAGCCGGAGAGCUUGAACUAUCAUGAGUUUUUCUCCUUUUGGACAUAAAUUGUCGAAGAUCGGAUUGUUUUCUCAUCACUUUUUAUUUUAUUUCCUGCACACGAUGUCAUUACAAAAUUUGUCAAAAUAAAUAUUGACCAUUCA